AUUUUAACUAUCAUAAGAUAUGUUAGAAAAAACGUCUGCCACGGAUAAUAAUCAAUUAUCCAAAGAAGAUUACUUAGUUAUGCGUGCGAAAGACGCGCUCCCAAUGGAUAUUUAUGCUGCCAAAUCAUGGUUAAUUACAGCAAAAUCGUUGUUUCCUCAUAGCGCAAAAGUUCAGUUUGAAGCAUAUCAAAUCGAAAAGCUUUCAAAAAAUGUGAAGGAAGCGGCAAAAUGUUUUAGCGAAAUAUUUCAGAAUUUUCCAGACGAUCGAGAUAUAUGGAAAGAAAUAGAAACGGUGACUGCAUGUCUUCGUUUAGAACAAUGUGAUCCCGAAGCAGAAUUUCUAUGUCAAAUGUUCCAACACAUACCGCAAGAACUACAACACAGAUUACUCGUUAUGACCGCUGAUCAUAGCGAAGAUACAAUGGAGCAUUGUAAAUUAUUACUUCUACUGUUACGCAGAUUUCCUCAGACUAUCGCCACUCAUGGACCGCGUUUGGUAGAAACUCUUCUCACUGCAGAAAAACACAGUCAUCCUGGACGUGCUGUUAAUGGAUUUAGAAGAUUAUUAGCUUGCGACGCGUUGCCGCUCCUAGGCACUGCACCGGUAGAACUGAAUCCACGACUUAGUCUAAGAUUGCUGUGUAAGGCGGUAGAAUUUUAUUUGGCAUAUAUACAGCAGCCGCAAGACAAUCAAAUUCAACAUCCGUGGGAUAGAUUGUUUCAAGUUGUAGAAUUAAUUGGGAAAAAGUUAGGGUGGGAAUUGAGUAGUUUGUUUUCCUUGGUAUGGAACAGAGAUGUCUACUGUGAAAGGCUGCAUCAAUACGCGAUCGCGCAUGCUGCAAAUUUAUGCGAAGAAGUAGUAGUUAGACAAUUAUUAAUGUGUACUGUUGUGGUAUUACUACGAAUAUUGAACGAACACUCUGCACUUAUUAAUAACGGUGAAAGUAUGUACUGUUUGGUAGAAGCAUUCGGAGAAUGUGCACAUUCGUCCGCAGAACCGAAAUUGAAAAAGCGCAAAAGAGACGAUAAUGGAGGAAUUGCGGUAACAAGCGACGGUGACUACAGUGGUAGUGGUCUGGCAUCAGCUGUGAAAUUGUGGGACCUGUUACACAGUAAUGAUUAUUUGCAGAGGGAAAUAGGGAAACUAAAUCAGCAGCUUCGAUUAGACACUUGGUUAAACUCAUUUUUAACAGAUUUAGCUAUGUAUAAAGGAUUACAUCAUGAAGUCCUGGCAAGAUUGUCGCAGGAAGCAGGUAGUUUAUCUGCUCAUCUUCGUUUAGCAAGUACAUGUUUUUUCUUAAAAGAUUAUAAGGGUAUGUUAGAGUACAUAGUCUUAGUAGUUAGCGCGCUACCCUCAGCGGGUGGCAAAGUGUCGCAUAAUUUGACAGUUCCUUGUGCGAGACAUUUACACUAUUUGACAAUUGCUCGUUUUCCCGUGGUACAAUAUUGUUGCAGAUUACUUCUUUCAGCUAUAAAGGAGAACUUUUCUUUGCCCGGUGGUGUUGGAGACUUGGCCAUAGGUCAUGCAUUGGUGUUAAUGCAAAUCGACUGGCCGCAAGAAGCUACUACCUUGUCCACGAUCACGGAAAGAAUUAUCAAUCGUGGAUCUUUCACUUAUCCGUUGUUUCAAGCUUACAUUAUAUGCGUGGAUAUUCUAGAGGAAUUGACGUAUUUGUGGACGGAACAUGGCGGCGGAGUAUCCUUGGACAUAGCCACUGCAUCGGGAGUUUUACAAAUUCGACGUAUUACUACUCGCGGAGCUGACAAAGGAGUGCGAGAAGAAGUGAAACAAGCGAUGCGCCGGCAAGCAGCUAGAGACGGAAUAGAUCCCUUGGACGAAUUAUUGCAAAAGUUUAUUAUCAAUGAAAAAGCCGUUAUUUUACACAGUUUGAUCAUCCAAUAAAAUGU